AUGGCAAUUGUUACCAAGUGUUUAGCUAUCGCAGCUCUCGUAGGAGUAGCCUGUGCGGGAUUGGUGCCAGGACACGUCGGAGGAUACUCUCACGGCUACGCCGUAGCUCACGCAGCCCCCACCGUCGGCCACUACGGCUACGGGGGCUACGAUUAUGGCGCUCACGGCCACGCCGGAUUAGGCCAGAGCUACGCGAACUACGAGAGCCAUAACGCACACCCGGUGGCCUACGCCGCACAUGGUCACGGCUACAGAUUGGGAUACGGACACGCCUACGACGGCUACGCUGGCUACGGACACGGACACGGACACGACUACUACUCUCACCCUAAAUACCAAUACAACUACGGCGUUGCCGAUCAUCACACCGGCGAUGUAAAAUCUCAGCACGAAGCUCGCGAUGGAGAUGUCGUUAAAGGUCAAUAUUCCUUAGUGGAACCAGAUGGCUCCGUAAGAACGGUCGACUACACAGCCGAUGAUGUCCACGGUUUCAACGCUGUUGUGUCUAAAAGUGCCCCAACGGUCCAGCAUUACUAA